AUGGCCGACCAAUUAACAGAGGAACAGAUAGCUGAGUUUAAAGAAGCUUUUUCCUUGUUUGAUAAAGAUGGUGAUGGUACAAUCACCACCAAAGAAUUAGGUACAGUCAUGCGCUCUUUGGGGCAGAAUCCUACAGAGGCUGAACUGCAAGAUAUGAUCAAUGAGGUAGACGCUGAUGGUAAUGGCACAAUUGACUUCCCUGAGUUCUUAACAAUGAUGGCCAGGAAGAUGAAGGAUACAGACAGUGAAGAAGAGAUACGUGAGGCAUUCCGCGUUUUUGACAAAGAUGGAAAUGGAUUCAUAUCUGCUGCUGAACUCCGACAUGUCAUGACUAACUUGGGCGAAAAGUUAACUGAUGAUGAGGUCGAUGAAAUGAUACGUGAAGCUGAUAUAGAUGGUGAUGGUCAAGUAAAUUAUGAAGAAUUUGUUACGAUGAUGACGACAAAGUAA